AUGGACGCAGUGUUCGGAUACGGAUCGGAUGAGGACAACAAGUCCAAGUCUCAGGGCUCACUUGCCAUCACAGUGCAAGCGGCUCCCGAUGUGGGCAAGGCAGAUCUCACGAGCGAGACUCAAAAGAUGGUGGCGAACAACUCCAAGAUGGUCACCUACAACCCCUCCUACGAGGCUCUGUGGACCCCCGAGGCCGGGCCGUCCAACCCCUACUACCAGAACGGCAUCACUCCAGGCAUGCGGAACACGCUGGGGGGCUUCAUCGAGCGAACCAACGUGGCAGAUUUUCACUUCGAAGAGCAGCACCAAACCUUCAACACCUUCGGGUUCGCGAUGGACCCUUCGGCCGCUAACGACAGCAUGUUCGGCUCCAACAUAGUCGGCGACCGUUCGGCAUGGAACCUGAUGCAGGGGAGGACUGUCCAUCAGGCCACCAAGCGUGAUGCGAAGAAGAGGAAGCUUGACGACUCGGCAGCUGAACAGGUGCUCGCUGGUCUGGGCACUGCGAUGACGUCAGAGGAAGCUGCGGAGAUGGCUCAGGACGUGAAGGCCAUCGAAGAGGCGGAGAAGGCGGCCAAGGAAGCAGCCGAGACGGUGAAGGAGAAGGCAGAGGUCUCCAUCUUUGAGGCCUCGAGCAUCUUUCAUGGAAAGGAGACAAAGGAUUACCAGGGUCGAACUUGGAUCGAUGCGCCGACCGACAUCAAGGCGGUUGAGCCUCAAUCCUACAUUCCCAAAGUCUCCGUUCACACCUGGUCUGGUCAUACCAAGGGAGUUCAGGCGAUCCGCUGGUUCCCCAAGACAGGCCAUCUGCUGCUCUCUGCUUCCAUGGACUGCAAGAUCAAGAUCUGGGAUGUUUACAACAAUCGCAAGACUCUCCGCACUUACAUGGGUCAUCAGAAGGCCGUGAGAGACAUUUGCUUCUCUACCGAUGGCAGGCAGUUCGCGUCCGUCGGCUACGACAAGGUCGUGCGGUACUGGGACACAGAGACUGGGACUUGCCUGAAGAGCUGGAGGUCAAAGGGUAUCCCAUACUCGGUGAAGAUCCAUCCAGGCGACGACAACAUCCUCGCAGGCUCUUCCUGCAAGAACAUCCUGCAGUGGGACCCAAGGCACCCCAACAGGAGCUCGCUGGUGCAAGAGUACAUCCAGCACCUCGGCGCCGUCAAUACCGUUACCUUCAUCGACGGGAACAGGAGGGUCGUGUCGACGGCCGACGACAAGAAGCUCUUCCUCUGGGAGUACGGCAUCGGUACCGCUCCCAUGAAGCACAUCAGCGAACCCUGGAUGCAUGCCAUGCCCGCAGUCACCGCCGCCCCCUUCGACAACGGCAACCCCAAGUACCUGCUGUGUCAGUCGCUGGACAACCAGAUCCUGUGCUACAUGAGUGGAGACAGGUUCAAGUUGAACAAGAAGAAGCUCUUCGUGGGGCACACGAUCGCUGGAUACGCAUGCCAGGUUGGAGUUUCGCCCGAUCUCAAGUACGUCCUCAGUGGCGAUGGAGAUGGUCGACUUUGGCUGUGGGACUGGAAGUCUGCCAAGGUUUACCGCAAGUUCAAGGUGAUAUCAGCUAGGAGUCGACGCGUCUGA